AUGAGAUUAGAAAAGUGUUAUUUUUGCUCAUCGACAAUUUGGCCAGGUCAUGGUAUUCAAUUUGUCCGUAAUGAUUGUAAAGUAUUUCGUUUUUGUCGAUCAAAAUGUCAUCAUGCAUUCAAAAAGAAAUGGAAUCCAAGAAAAUCACGUUGGACAAAAGCACAUCGAAAAUUUACGGGCAAAGAAUUAACAACAGAUUCCAUAUUCGAAUUUGAAAAACGUCGAAAUGAACCAGUUAAAUAUAAUCGGGAAUUAUGGCAGAAUACACUAAAAGCAAUGGAAAAAGUUGAUGAAAUUCGUACAAAACGACAAUCACAUUAUGUAAUGAAAAGACUUCGGCAAGGAACAUUGGAUCGAAAAGCAGCUGAUAUGCGUGAAGUUCGUGAUUAUAUUCAUUUGAUACGAGCACCCAAUGCUACUAAACCAAUGGAAGAAAUAGAACUUGUGCAAAAAGCUAUGGCUAAACGUACAGCAUUAGUCGAUGAAAAAUCUGAAACAACUAAAAAACUAUUUAAAAGACGAAAACCUCCAACAAUUAAAGUGAUUUUGAUACCAUCCGAUGCAGAAAUACUAGCUGAAGAAGUUUAA